CGUUUGAAGUUUGUACCAUACCUAAAAAUCAACAUUCUUUGCAGUUUUUUGGGUACCAUCUUUUUAGGUAUUAUGACUCAGUAGUUACUAAAUAUUUUGGGUAGUAAAUUUCCUUAUUGCAAUUUUCAUAUCACUUUUAAGGCUAGUGUUCUUUAUUUUAGUUUAAGGACAGAGUGGCUAAACUUUUCCAAUCCGGAUUAGUUUAUCGUUUAUGUGUAGUAGCUGCAAUGCUACUUAUUAUGGCAAAACUCAACAGCAUUUUAAAGUUCAUUAUUUUGGACAUUUGGGUCUCCCUUAACUGGAAGGAGAAAAACUUUGCAGGCUGGACAUUCCAAAGUGAUUCUUGAACAUAUGCUGUUUUUCGGCUAUCUACCUUCCUUUGUAGAUUUCGAUGUUUUAACUCUAAUGCUUUUAGACUCACCUUAAAACAGCUUGUUAAUUAGCCGUGACAAACCUCUACUUAAUAAAACUGUUGAGUUUAUGCCUUUUGGAUUGUUUUAGCAUUAUGAAUGUAUUUUUAUUUGUAUUUUAUAAAAAAUUUGCUAUAUAAAACGAUCAUAGUUGAUUAUUAUACUACCAAAAGCUUGUCAAAAUUUAAUAUGGAUUUGUUGUAAAAAUAUCUUGUUUUGUUAUAUUUUAUGUAGUACCCGACAGCAACAACUUUAUCAUCAGUUUUAGUCAAAAUUCAUGGAAAAUGCUUAGAAAAUGUUGCCGCUAUUAAUUAAUGAACUUUUGGAUUUAGAAAAUAUACAAUCACAGAGAAUCCACCGAAGUUACCAAAGCCCGCUUAUAGAGAAAACCAUUGAACGUCAGAAUUUUUGGAUUCCAAUAGUGAUGAAAAUAUGGACACUAAACUACAUAGUGAUACUGAAUCAAAAGUAAACCAAGAACAGAAUAAGGAGAAUCAAAAUGACAGCCUGUCUCAAAACAGCCCAGAACAUAUGAAUAUCACAGAAGAUCCUCCCAUGUCACCUAAGCCAACUUGCAAAGAAGAGGGUAUCACGUCAGCAAAUGAAGUUAUUGGUUCUCGUAACAGUAAUGAAAAUAUUGACACUAAACAGUGUGGUGAUGCAGAAUCAAAAGUAACCCAAGGACAAAAUAAGGAGAAUCGAGAUGAAAGUAUGUCUCAAAAUAAUUCAGAUGAAAGUAUGACUUCUCUUCCAGAAGAUGUGACUUCUGGUGAGAGCCAUAAGACUGCUGAGAUUAAUGAGGCCAGUGAAACAAAUCAAAGGAAAGAAGAACUAACUGAAAAAGAGCGUAUAAAAUCCCUUGAGGUUUGCGAAAAAGAACUCCAGCAAAUGCAGGACAUAUCUACAGAAAUGAAAAAAAACGAAAAAGAUAAACAAAUCCAAGAAUCAUCUAUGUAUCAUUUAAAAUGGAUGGAGUGGAAAGGAGAGCAGACACCUAUUGUGACACAAAAUGAGAAUGGGCCAUGUCCCCUUUUAGCAAUCGCAAAUGUUUUAAUUUUAAGUCGAAAAAUUGUUUUACCGAAAAUGCAACAGCUAAUAAGUGGAAACCAACUAAUGGAAUAUAUCGGUGAUUGCAUACUAACAGAAGCUCCAAAGCAUGAAGGCAAUGAAGAGAUGAUACUGAACUAUCAACAAAAUAUGCAAGAUGCAAUUGAUAUCAUGCACAAACUGCAAACUGGCAUUGAUGUAAAUGUUAAAUUUUCAGGGGUAACAGACUUCGAAUUCACACCAGAGUGCAUUGUGUUCGACUUGUUAAAGAUUAUUUUGUACCACGGUUGGUUAGUGGAUCCUCAAGAUGGAGCAACAUGGAAAGUUGUGCAUAACCUGAGUUAUAACCAACUAGUUGAAAAAAUGCUGAUAAGUAAAGAUGGUGAAGGAGAGGUUGUUGUCAAUGGUUUGGUAAUAGAAGAGUUUUUGAAUCGAACAGCCAGCCAGUUGACUUAUCACGGACUUUGUGAACUUAAUUCCACUAUACAAGACGAGGAGCUUUGCGUGUUUUUUCGAAACAAUCACUUUUCAACUUUAUAUAAACACAAGGGAGAACUUUUUUUACUCGUCACCGAUCAGGGAUUUUUAACAGAGCCUGCUGUGGCUUGGGAGACUCUUAUAAACAUAGAAGGCGAUGGACAAUUUGUAAAUACGGACUUUAAAUCAAUAACAUUGCAAAAUGACCAUUACCCAUCGCAAGCAAAGGAGACAUCGUCAACGCAACCGCCAACUUUAUUACCAAACCACCCCGUUAAUACACCAGCUAUAGACCAAAAUAACAUGUCUCAAGAGGAUCGGGACUAUUUAAUAGCGUUGUCGCUUCAACAGGACGACGAACCGGCGGCUAUUAAAGAACCACCAGUACACACGAUUGAUUCUGAUCAUGCCUUAGCGAUGAAAUUACAGGAACAAGAGGACAGGAUGGAGGCACCAGCGAGACAACCAUCACCAAAUCAACAACAACAGCUACAGCCUCAGCAACAACGACAACAAAGAUCUCAUAAUACCGCCGCGGAAACACGAAAUUCGCAGCAACAAGAAACGCAAGGUAGCGAAAAGAAAUGUUCGAUUAUGUAAAACCGCACAUACAAAUUACAAAAAAUGGCGAAAAUGUUGUUAUGUCUGAAAUCUUCCGUUCACUUUGUGAUAAAUGAAAUUCACAUGCUGGAUGUAAAUAAACAUUUUCUGACGGAGACAUUGUAUUUUAAAAAUGGUAAUGCGUAUUUAAGAUUCGUUUAGAAGUAUCUCAAUCUCAGUAUUUUCGUAGGUAGUGAAUUAUAGUUUGAAUAAAAAUUGACGUAUAUAAAUGAAAUAUGGUAUUAUAAGAGGAUAUAUUUAUGUAUGAAAGUGAUUUUUCAACGCAAAAA